CCUAAGGAUGAGGGGAGUACUGUAUUCCUGGUCGUACUGUGUAACCUACUAGCUCGACUUGUCACGGAGGCUUUUGCCAAACAAUGAAUUUCUGUCAGAGAAAAUAGUAAGUAGUUAAGAUAAAUAAAAAAAAAAACAAGGAAAAAGACAACCGGGAACAUUGAGGCGUCGCGACAGAAAAUUACGCAGGAUGGGCGAGCGGGCGGACACUGCUUUUAAAACCACUGGAUCCAAGUGGCUGCUGGCUGUCAGUGAAUACUUGGGCUUUCCCCUUGAUCAGGUGAAUUUUAUGGUGUGCCAGCUGUUUGCCCUGGCUGCUGCCUUCUGGUUUCGUCUCUACCUCAGUCCUAGCCAUGCCAAUCCAUUGGUCAGGCACGCUGUGGCCACUCUCCUUGGCAUUGCUUUUCUCAUAUUCUGCUUUGGAUGGUACUCAGCUCACAUCCUAGCAGUAGUGGUAGCAAGCUACUUGAUCAUCAACAAAGCUGACAUCGACAAUGUACACAGGUAUUCCAUGGUGACGGCUAUGGGCUACUUGACACUGUGCCAAGUGAGCAGAGUCUUUAUCUAUAACUAUGGAGUUCUGUCCACUGACUUCUCUGGGCCUCUGAUGAUAGUAACCCAGAAGAUAACCACACUGGCUUUCCAGCUCCACGACGGUAUGUGUAAGAAAGCUGAACAACUGACCCCAGAGCAGAAGCCUCUGGCUAUAAAUGUAAGGCCUUCUCUCAUCGAGUACCUGAGCUACAAUCUGAACUUCCUGAGUGUAUUGGUGGGACCAUGCAGUAACUAUAAGGAAUACAUAGACUUCAUAGAGGGCAGACACAUCAGCAUGAGGCUUAGGCAGCACUCUGGGAUGUGUAAUGGGCAGAACGGUUAUGAUAAGACACCGGAGCCAUCACCACUGAACGCUGUCUGUCGAAAAUUGCUGGUCUGCAGCGGAUGUAUGCUGUUCUUCCUCACAGUGACUCGGUCCUUGCCGAUAAAGUACAACGUGGACCUUCACUUUGUCAGCCAAGCCCCCUUCCUCACAAGGCUUACCUACGCUUUCUUCUCCAUUCAAGCAGCAAGGCCCAAAUUCUACUUCGCCUGGACACUAGCUGAUGCAGUCAACAACGCUGCAGGUUAUGGUUUCUUGGGGAUGGAUGAAAAUGGAAAGCCAUCUUGGGACCUUAUGUGCAACCUCAACAUCCUGGGGAUUGAGACCGCCACAAGCUUUAAGACAUUCAUAGACAACUGGAAUAUUCGAACAGGAAUUUGGCUCAAAACGGUGUGUUAUGACCGAGCCCCCAAACACAGGUUGGCGUUGACCUUUAUCCUGUCUGCCCUGUGGCACGGUGUUUAUCCAGGGUACUAUUUCACCUUCAUCACUGCCAUCCCCAUCACCAUGGCAGCACGAGCUGUACGUAAGUCAGUUCGCCACUACUUCCUGGGCUUCAGAGGCUUGAAGCUAGGUUACGACAUUUUAACUUGGGCUGCCACCCAGCUGGCCAUCUGCUACACCGUUAUGCCUUUUCUACUUCUUGCAGUAGAGCCCACUUUGGUUUAUUACAGGUCUAUGUACUUCCACGUUCACAUCAUCAGCAUUCUGGCUGUGAUCGCCCUGCAUCGGAAACACAAAUCCAGUGAACCCACUGCCACCACCAAAACGUUUUACUCCUCCUCCUCCUCCUCCUCCUCCUCCUCCUCCUCCUCCUCUUUGUGCUAUGCCCAGUGCCAGCCUGUUCACUCUAACAACAAUGACAAAGUAGACUGAAAAUCCCCACUUCACGUUCUUUUACCAGGCUCUCAUUCAAGGGUGAAUAUCCCUUAAGGGCAUUCAGCCAACUUAAAAUGGGAAAACAUUAUUUAAUUUUGGGACAAUACAGAGUUAAGAAAAAACUAUGAUGGUACAUAAUGAUGCAUGACUUGAACCUAUGACACUGGAUGUACAUGGGGAGAGCUGCCAUAUAGUAAGGUUAACAAGAUCAGAAACUGAAUCUGAUUCUAAGAGAACAUAUCAAACACAAGCAAAGCAGGCAGACUGAAAAGAAAAACACUAGCUAAGGGAACGUCUCUGGUACCACCACUACCCCCAGGACGCUGGCCUCCUUCCGCUUUUCCCUCCACCUGCCCCCCCUCCAUGCCCAGCUCUUCAUCAUCUUACAGCCUGCCUGUUCCAACAACAAUGCAACAAUGUGAAGAGAGAAAGGAGGCUGACUUUCUUUCCUGUCCUAUCUCCAAGUACUGCCGAUUGGUGGGAUCUAAGCCAGCACAGUGGGAGAGCAGCUCAUAAACGGUGCACAAAUACCAGGACACACAAACUCAUGCAUUACCAGACAGACACUAGGACACAAGUAUGCACAAUCUCUCUCAGACACGCUCCUACUUGGUCACACUCUGAUGGCACACAAAGGCUGCGCUUGUGUGGCUCCAGGCAGCAAGAGCAUACCAAAAGGCCUGGUGUGUGUGUGUGUGUGUGUGUGUGUGUGUGUGUGUGUGUGUGUGUGUGUGUGUGUGUGUGUGUGUGUGUGUGUGUGUGUGUGUGUGUGUGUGUGUGUGUGUGUGUGUGUGUGUGUGUGUUGUCAUUAUGAAAAACUGCAGACUGUGUUGGUAUGGGUGGAACGACAUGGCAAUGGAAUACAAAUUAUACAAUGCAGCUCUCAAACUGUCCAGUAAAACUAUUAAAGAAGUAUUUUAAGGCAGGAUGGCAGCUCUUCCAGGUGAGGAGACCAUCAUGUAGGACACCAGAAUGGUUAAUCUGAUCAAGAAUAGGAAUUUAUAAAUCAAAUAUAUUUCUUCUCAGUAGGAGCAUGUUGCUGUUUUUUUUGUUCUGUGGUUCUUUGUGAGAAAGAACAUGUUUGGAAACUGUAGAUUUACUAGAGCUUAUCAGCAGCUGCAGGUUGAUUUAACAGAGACAUCUGCUGGUUGUUUGUACUGUCUGAACGCUGCUGAAUGAAGCAAUGAAGGUAAGCUCAUGUGGACUGACUGAAACUACCCCGCUGCAGCAUUUCCCAAUGUAAUUUCAUACCAACUAUAAGCAGAAAGCACAUUUUUCUUCUGAUAUUACAAUUUCUUCAAUUUCUCCUCUUCACUAGCUUUUAUCUUUGCACAAUCGGAAGUUAAUAAAUCAGUGGUUGAUGCUUAUGAUUAGAGAUGAGCUAAGCACGGUGAAAACAAAAAGAUACAUUCAUGUUUUGAAAUGAUGAAUUAUUCUGUUAUUUUUUGUUAUCAAGAAGUUAUCACUCGUAAGAGGUUUGGGUCGCAUUGGGAGUUUUAAAAGUGGCACAGUGGCUUGGUUAUUAAUGGUGCUACCUGCUGCAAGCUAGCAUGUUAGCUUUUAACUACAUAUUGUAUAUGGGUUGGUUGUAAUAAGGUGUGCUAACAAUGCUAACGCUGCAAUGUGAUAAUAUUUUUUUGGUUGUGUUAACAGUGCCUGGUGAUGAAAAAUGACAUUGCAUUUGUCAGGCUAUGCAUUUUAAAUGCAUUUUAUGGGUUGCCUAAUGAAAAUGCAAUUUCUUUCCACGGGUAUAGCAUGCAAACAGCAUUUUUGUCUGUUGAAUCAUGUUGGAGACACAAUCUUUAUGCAUUGUAUUACCUGCUUUAGAUUUUAAUCCCAACCUUUUUGACUUUGCCUGUUUGGGCUCAGUUUGGACUCAACCCUCUGAUUCUUAUUUGUAAAGCAUCAGCAUACAGCAUGUUUAUACAAGAAAAAGAAAAAACAUCAAACAUUUAUAUGACAAAGAUUACAUCUGUGUCAUAUAAAAAUCACACUUCUUUGCUGUGACAAGGACCUAGUUCACAGAUAGUGAAGUGUUGACACGGGGGCGGCGGGGGGGCAUUCAUCAAAUUAACAUUGAUUAUUAAAUAAAUACAGCAGGGGAAUUAUUUAAGAUUGUGUUGAUUAUUUUAAUGUUUACCUGCACAUUAGUACCUCUUGAAGUUGAUGAAGCAUCAGUAAUGACUGCUCUGGGACCCUGUAGACUUUGCAAGAGGCCUGGAGUUAUAAACCUAAAUGCUGAUGGUAAUGCCCCAUCCCCAUGACAGCCACUGUCAAAAACGUACUGCAACUAAACUCAAGAGGUUUCUGUGUGCUGGAAAGUGUUUCCAAGUAUUAGUUUGCUCUAACAUAAACUUGUUUGUUCUUUUUGUGAAGCAAAGCCUUUAUUAAUUGAUAUGGAACUAGCUGUAGCCUUUAAAUAUGUUUUUAUCAUUAAUAUGUUCACGGCACUGUAUAGUUUGCCAGUCUGCAUGUUGGUAAUGUGUUCUUAGUGCAGGAAAAUGAGCGAUGAGUGGCACAUAUACAUUGUGACUGUUAAAAUGAGCAGCUAUUUGAAUGAUGUAAUACUGAUUAUACAGAUAUUUUUUUGUAUGUGUUUUUGCAAAUGUAUGCAUGAUCACUGACAGAGUGUGUGCUGUUCCAUUGUAGUAUUGUUUGUAUGGAGGAAAGAGUGACUGGUAUAAAAAAUAUUUGAGUAACAAAUAAAGCUUCAGUAAAA